GCAACACUUGGACGGGCUAUACGGCACUUGGAUCUCGACUCUGGAGAGGCCCACGUUGUUGCAUGAAGAGAUCGACCCCGAGAUGUGGAACCAGCGCUCAGGCCGCGCGCAUAUGAAGAACGCGCAGGCUGAAUGGUGGGGAGUUGUCAGCACCUUGGUCGCACGUUACUCUGCACUUCGAGCAAACGGAUCUGACCCGAAGCAGGCCGAGGAUUGCGCCUCGGGUGUCCGCGGCAAGGCCUUGGCCCUGGAAGUGCAGCAGCACGCCGAGUUCUUUGGUCGCAAAGCUGCGCCAGAGGUUGUUGACCAGUGGAAGGAUAUGGCAGUCGACAUGCACAACGUCUCUGAUCAGCUGCUGCCCUCGUUCCUCGAGAGGACCAGGCACUGGGCGGACUUGUCAGCCCCCAGGGCGACGCUGGCUCCGAGGUCAGCGUUCAUGAAGUGGGCGCAGGAGAUGUGGAGCACCAAGCCUGGCGCAGUUCACCGUCAUGUUAAGCAACCUCAGGCACUGGAGUGGGAAGCUCUUGAUUCUGCGGGCAAUAUGACUACGGAUAAUCACACGUUGCUGCAGACUUCGGCUACUGAAUGGAAUGCGAUGUGGCGG